CUUUUUUUUUUUUAUCCAAAAAAGAAAAAAAAUUAAAAUUUCAAAAACAUUUUCUCUAAUUUUAAUAAACAUGUCAAAAGGUGUAAUUCCGGUGGAAAAUUUGGCCGUUACAUUAAUGAACAAAUUGAACAGAAGAAACAUUUUCCCGCCAUUAUUUAAUAAUCCAGAGUCAUUCGUUCCUCCAAUUGAUUCCAAAAAAAAGCCUUUUAAUUCAUUUCUGAUAUGCAGAAGGAAUGUAUACAAAGAAUCAAAUUGUAAAGGAAACCAUAAUAUGCGUGUAAUUUGCAAAGCAGCAAGUAUAUUAUGGAACAAUGCAACACUUGAGGAAAAGAAUGUAUAUAAAGAGAUAGCUGAUCGCGUUUAUGAAAUUUAUUUAUUGAGAAGUGGUACAUUUAACUUUAAAUUGAACAUCCCCUUUCCAAAAGAACCGCCUCCACGUCCUCCAUCUGCAACAAAUCAUAAAAAGGAUUUAAAUAGGAGCAAAAUUUACUUUUUAUUAAAUUAAUAUAAUGAUUUAUUUUUUUUUUUAUAAUUGAUUUUUUAUUUUAUUUUAUUUUUAUUAAAAUAUGUUGGUUAAAUUCUUUUUUUUUAUAAAUAAGAGAGCAGAAUAAAUGUACAUUUUAUUUAAAACAGUUAAUAAAUGAAAUACAAUUUUUUUAUAUACCUAUUAUAUACAAAUCUAACAAUGAAAAUC